UACAACCAACUCUUAUAUUUCUAUGGCCCUGUUGUAAGAAAUUUAAAAUUUUCUUUAGUUACUCCCCUAAUGGAGGUAGAAUUUUUGGACAUAGAUAGGAGAAAUGCCUGGAAUAGUAUUUUUCAGGAAAUUCGAAAUGAAUCGAAUAACUUUACCUAUAUCAUCAAAGAUGCCAAAAAAAUGGAAAAUAAGAACUUGAACAGGUAUCGGGAUGUAAAUCCAUUUGAUCAUAGCAGAGUGCGACUGCAAAGAAAUGGAAUUGAUUAUAUUAAUGCCAGUCUGGUUAAUGUGGAAUCAGCUGAGAGGUCUUAUAUUUUGACCCAAGGACCUUUGCCAUUAACUAUUGGUCAUUUCUGGUUGAUGAUUUGGGAACAAGGAUCAAAAGGAAUUCUAAUGUUGAAUCGUGUAAUUGAAAAAAAUGCUGUUAAAUGCCAUCAAUACUGGCCUGUUGGACAAGAAAAUGGAGGCAGUGAUUCUUUAGUUCUUAAUGAUGUUAAUCUUCAGAUUACAAUUCUAAGUGAAAAAGAUUUGCCGCAUUAUAGUAUUCGAAAGUUUUCUCUGACAGAUUUGGAGAGUUCUCAAUCCAGGGAAGUGAUACAGUUUCACUAUACAACUUGGCCUGACUUUGGUGUUCCAGAAUCUCCUGCUGCCUUUUUAAGCUUUCUUUUUGCUGUCCGGGAUUCUGGAGUUUUGAAUAACAAUGUUGGUCCUCCAGUUGUACACUGUAGUGCUGGAAUUGGAAGAUCAGGAACAUUUUGUUUAGUUGAUUCUUGCUUAGUUCUUAUUGAGAAAAAGCGUGAUCCCAACUGCAUAAAUGCAAGGCAACAAUUAUUAGAAAUGCGUCAUUAUCGAAUGGGUUUAAUACAAACACCUGAUCAGUUGAGAUUUUCAUACCUAGCUAUAAUAGAAGGUGCUAAAAUUGUGUUAGCACUGGAACAGCCAUCUAGAUUCAUGCUGAAUAAUGAAAAUCUUGCCCAAAUUCAUGACAACCUGUCUGAUCAAAUGGAAAAUUCAAGGUCAUACUCAAAUGAAAUUGAUAGUGAGUCUGGUGUACUUCCUCCUCCUCCUCCUUUACCACCUAGAAUAUCAAGGAGCUCUGAUGAUAUUUCUUCUAUAGACUAUGUAUUAGAUAGCUUUCUUGAAAAAUGUGAUGAACUGAUAAAUUCUGAAUCGGAUAUUACUAACAGUGGACUAAAUGCUGAGCAAAAUGCUAAUUCUCUUGUAUCAAACCACCAAAGCUAUAAUGAGCCAAAAAUUAACAAGCAAGAAAUCAUUCCUGAAACAAGUGAUGGCACUGAAGCACAAUCAGCUGAUUCCACUGGAAAAGAAAAUUUAUCUGAAGUGAGAAAACGAGCUCGAAAAGAACGAGAAGAGAAAACUGCUUCAAUUGUGCAAAAUAUUAAAAAGAAACAAAAGGAAGCAGACCUUUGGGAUAAACGGAAAUCUCUCAUCAAGAUUUCUAUCGGUCUUGUAUUUAUAAUUGGUUUGGGAUACUAUGCUUAUAAAAUUUAUUCUAAAAGUUGAAGUUCUUAAAAUAGACUAGAAUUUUAUAAAUACUAAUUUUUAAUACAAUGCUCAUAUUAAAAUUAAACAACUAUUUUUGUUACUAAAUGCAUCUUUUAAGACAAAACUUUUCAACCAAUUAAAAACUUGUACAAAGCAUACAGAAAGUGCAAGUUAUUGUCUUUCUUUAUAUUAUAUUUACUUAUUUAAUUUCAUGCCUCGAGGUAUGUCAACAUGCAAGUUUUUAUCAAAGUUGAACAAAGCCUUUAACUGUAAUAGAAUCCAGUGUGCAAUCGAUGUUAAAUGCGUCUAACGCUUUUUGUAACUUGGGAUUAAAAAUUCACAAUUUUCUGAAAUGUAUAGUUAUUUAUUUUUGUUGCUUGAUGAAUAAAUUUUUUUAAAAAUUUA